AUGUUGAACAAGCUGUCUGGACAGCCCGAAAGCUAUGAGAAAAAGUUCGGUCGCACGCUUGGUGCUGGAACAUAUGGUAUUGUCCGUGAGGCUGAAUCUCAAGAUGGCAAAGUUGCUGUCAAGAUUAUCUUGAAGAAGAAUGUCCGUGGGAAUGAGGAGAUGGUCUAUGACGAGUUGAAGAUGCUUCAAAAGCUCCAGCACCCCCACAUUGUGUCCUUCGUAGACUGGUUCGAGUCGAAGGACAAAUUCUACAUUGUUACACAACUGGCGACUGGCGGCGAGCUGUUCGACCGAAUUUGCGACUAUGGAAAGUUCACAGAAAAGGAUGCAUCACAGACUAUCCGUCAAGUUCUUGAUGCGGUCAACUAUUUGCACAAGCGAAACAUUGUUCACCGCGACUUGAAACCCGAAAAUCUCUUGUAUCUCACUCGGGAGACCGACUCUCAGCUGGUUCUGGCAGAUUUCGGUAUUGCGAAGAUGCUGGACAGCCCCUCUGAAGUUUUGACUAGCAUGGCGGGCUCUUUCGGCUACGCCGCCCCUGAAGUGAUGCUCAAGCAAGGUCAUGGAAAGGCCGUCGAUAUGUGGUCUUUGGGUGUGAUUACCUACACAUUGCUAUGUGGUUACUCACCCUUCCGUUCUGAGAAUUUGACCGACCUCAUUGAAGAAUGUCGCGCCGGCCGAAUCAUCUUCCACGAGCGUUAUUGGAAGGACGUGUCGCAAGACGCCAAGGACUUCAUCUUGACUAUGCUCCAAGCUGAUCCUACCAAGCGUGUAACAUCUGAGGAAGCUCUCAAGCACGAAUGGUUGACCGGAGAAUCUGCCAGCGACCGCGAUCUGCUGCCCGAGAUCCGUGCCUACAUUGCGCGCGCCCGUCUCCGCCGUGGUAUCGAAAUCGUCAAGCUUGCGAACCGUAUCGAGGCUCUUAAGAUGCACGAUGAGGGUGAGGAGGGUGAGGAUGACAUUCCUAGUCCUGUUGCCAUGGCAGAGGCUGAGGGGGAGGCCGAUUCUACUUCGGGCUCAAAUGGGGAACCAUCUCCUGGUCACGCGAAGAAGAAGAGUUUGAGCAGUAAGAUUCGGGGUGGUGCUAUUUUCCGAGAGGUUGUCUUGGCCAAGGUUCGUGAGGCUAAGGAUAAUGAGGAGCGCGAGAAGGUUGAGCGCGAAGCACGCGAGAAAGCCGCGCAUGCUUAA